UUGAUGUAAAUAAUUUUUAUUACUGUUUAUACAAAUUUAUGUGGAGAAGAGAGUGUGUUUUCAUACGUGUGUGAGCUGUGUAAAAUGCGUUUUGUAGUGCUAUGUGCGUUGAUUUCGAUUGGAUAUAAUGCUGGAUCACAGAUGGUACCACCCCGUAUCACGGAACACCCUGCAGACCUGACUGUGCCACGCCACGAGCCUGCCACCCUCAACUGUGCCGCCGACGGUCAUCCUCCGCCCCACAUAGAGUGGUACAAGGAUGGCCACCCUAUGCGACCCUCGGCCAGCCGCGUACUACUGCCUGGGGCGCUGUUCUUCCUCAGAGUGACUCCUGGCCGCGACGCCGGAGUCUACUGGUGCAGAGCGACCAACUCCGCUGGCCACACGACCAGUAGAAACGCCACGUUGCAAGUCGGAGUGCUGAGGGAGGAGUUUCGUGUGGAGCCGUCAAACUUAAGGGUUGCUCAAGGGGAGACGGCGCUGCUGGAGUGUGGUCCUCCCAAGGGAGUUCCGGAGCCGCAGGUUUCCUGGAAAAAGAAUGGUGUACUUUUGGAAGUGGACACCUCUGACAGAUUAAAAAUUGUAGAUGGAGGAAAUUUGGCUAUUCAAAAUGCAAGAAAGGCGGAUGAAGGGAAAUAUCAAUGCAUCGCCAAAAACGCUGUUGGGGCGAGAGAGUCUGCUCUUGCACAACUUAAAGUUCACGUGAAACCGUUCCUAGUGCGGGUGCCUGAGGAUGCCGUGGUAGUGGCGGGAGCGAGUGUGGAGUUCUCCUGUGAGGCGGGCGGAGACCCUGUGCCGGACGUGCUGUGGAGACGCACGGCUGGCGGCGGCAACAUGCCUCUGGGCAGAGUCCAUGUACUGGAGGAUCGCAGUUUGCGGCUGGAGGCGGUCACUCAGGAGGACGAGGGAGAGUACAGCUGUGAGGUGGACAACGCUGUAGGAAGUCUCACCGCCUCGGCCAUGCUCAUCGUCCACUCUCCUCCGGUGAUUUUGGUUAGGCCACAGGAAUUAACAGUGGAGGAGGGCCGCAACGCCGUGUUCUUCUGCGGGGUGAGAGGGAAGCCAACUCCGACACUGUUCUGGCUUAUAGAGGGUAACCACACGUUGCUGAUGCCCGGAGACGAGCAAGGACAGAUUGUGGCGUCGACUACCAGCGAGAGCCACGAGGGGGUGUCACUGUCGUUGACCAUCCAGGGAGUCCAAAAGAGAAACAACGGCCUGGUGGUGAUGUGUGGUGCUAUCAACGCUGCUGGCUCUGACUCCUGGACCUCUCGCCUCACCGUCGUCUCACCUGACGAUCACCCUCCUCCCAUCAUCCAGCUUGGCUCCUCCAACCAGACUCUGCCCCUCCACACCCCGGGCAUCCUGACCUGUCACGCCUCUGGAGACCCUGCUCCCAUCAUCACGUGGUACAAGAACGGCAUCCCCGUUACCAUAGAAACUCCUCAGGUCACUCUGUCUGACGAUGGGACACUUGCAAUACACAACCUAGUGGCGAGUGACGAGGGACUGUACACAUGUGUGGCAUCCUCUCGUAGUGGGAAGGCAACAUGGAGCUCCACUCUCACACUAGAGCCCCGUACCAACCCCAACGCUCCGUUCUACCGCAGUCCGGAGCCCUCCACACUACCGGGCCCUCCUAGCAGACCUACACUAGUGAACUCGUCCGACAACAGCCUCACUAUAUCCUGGACCAGGAACAACAAGAUCGGUUCUUCCUCUCUGCUGGGCUAUCAGGUUGAAAUGUUCAAGAGGUCGGUGAGUGGAGGUCACAGUGGUGGUGGUUGGGUAGUAGUGGCCAGGAGAGUCCCAGGUCCCACCUACACGCAGGCCUACCUCCAGCCUAAUGAGUCCUACACGUUCAUAGUCCGAGCGGAGAACUCUCACGGUCUAUCAUCCGCGUCCCCACCGUCUGCCAGUCUCCUGCUGUCCAACACCACUGUGGACUCCUCUGUAAAGGAGGCGAGGGCCAGUCUGUCCACCGGCCACGUCGUUGAGCUCACCUCCGUACAAGCCGUCUCGUCCACCUCUGUCAGACUGGGCUGGGAGAUCCUGAGCAGUGACUACGUGGAAGGCGUGUUGAUCUUCUCCCGUGGUAUGGAUCCUCACGCGCGCUCCACCACCAUGCUGACGGUACUUCACACCGGCGACACGUCAGGAUUCUUGGUCACUGGCCUCAGACCCUACUCGCGCUACCAGUUCUUCCUUGUACCCUUUUACAAGCUAGUAGAUGGAAGACCGUCCAACUCAAAAACAGUUCGCACUCUCGAGGAUGUCCCAUCUGAGCCACCAAGUAACAUUGAAGCUGUUCUGGUCAACACUAGUGCUGUGUACCUGAAGUGGAAACUUCCAUCUCAGACCUCUCACAACGGGAUUAUCAAGUCAUACCAGGUCGUGGUGAGAGGCACGAUGGGAGUGCUGAGCAAUGUGUCAGUGAGUGCCGCGACACCGUCACUACUGCUUACCAACCUGACCGCAGGGGUGGUAUACACCGUGCAGACGGCGGCGGCCACUAGGGUAGGGCUGGGACCGUACAGCGCUCCCGCCACGCUGCGACUGGACCCCUCCACCAGGCUGCUCAAUCACCCCAGACAACCAGUGGGAGUGCAGCCUAGUAUGGAGAUGGCCAGUUUCGACUUUCUCUCCGAGACUUGGUUUAUAGUGUUACUCAGCUCCAUGGUAGCCGUCAUGGUUCUUCUCUUCAGUUCGAUGCUGUAUUUCUGGAAAAAGCAAAUUAACAAAAAGGACUACUUACCAGGUACUGGAUAUAUUGGAUAAUAUUACAUUUACUUUUUCUCUUGAUAUCAAUAAUUGUGGUAAUUUAAAGUAUUUUAUCUAAUGAAAUACUGAUUUAGUGGCG